AUGGAUGCGCUGGAGAAGCUGUGCGUGGCUUGUAUCCAUCGGCCACGGACUGUGCUCGCCAGCUGGCUCUUGCUGGCUGCUGUUUGUGCACCCUUUGGUCUGCAGCUGAUCGACCACUGCAAGUUUACUUUCGAGCCGGUGCCGGGCACAGAGACGUAUGAUGCACAGGCAGCCUUCAAGCGAGAAUUUCCGGCGAGCGUGAACCAGGAUGUGGAGGUGGUUCUCAUCAGCUGUGCUGGGCAUUGCCCGUCUGGCAUUGCCGCUCUGGACUUUGCGAACCAUUCGGUGCAGGAGCUGAGGAGUAUCUGCUCGUCCCUGAACUCCUCGCACGUAGGUGUGUUGCACAAUUGGACAGACCACUUCCAAUUUUCGGCUUCGGCCCCUGCGCGACUGGGCCUUCCUAGCCCCUUCUUGUCGGCCUCCAACGAGACGCUGCUCUUCCAGCUCUCGUGGACAGUGGGAGACCGGCAGCGGGAAGUCAUCGCCAUGCUGAACGAGGUCCGCCAGUUGGUGCAAGAGCUUCACCGGCAAGGUCUGAAAGAAGAAGAGCAAGUUUCUGUCAGCAUUGCAGGUCAGCUUGCUUUGUUCACAGACACUCUUUCAUCUACCAGGCAGGAUAUCGAGAAGAAGGACAUCAUUGUGAUGCCCUUCGCUCUGCUAGUGCUGGCAAGUCGAGUCGGCUCACUUCGCCUCAUGAUCAUUCCCAUCUGCUGCCUAGCUUGCAGCCUUGCUGCAUCCCUGGGGAUCUUCUUGCCUUUUGCGAUCUACGUCGUCGACAUCUCACCCCUCGCGCCCAGCACGAUGGCCUUUUUGGGUAUUGCCCUGGCCAUUGACUACUCUCUGUUCAUGCUCACGCGCUACGCCGAAGAGGUGGAGGCCGGGGCCUCGACGGAGGUCGCGCUCCGGUCCACGCUGAGACAGAGUGGCCAUGUGGUCCUGAUCAGCAGCUCCGUGCUGAUCAUCUGCUACAUGGGUGUUCUCUUCUACCCCAGCGGCGGCAUCGCCACCAUCGGGCUCGGAGCCUCUCUGACGGUCUUUCUCUGUGCGGCCUCGAACCUCACUCUGACCCCUUGCACGAUCUGCGCCUUCAAGGGCCUUUUCGGAGCCGAAGCCCUGAAGCGAAGGCGGGACAGGAGAGCCGGAUUCCGUGCACCUUGUGGGAGGGCUUGCAGAGGCUGUUGGCCGGCUGUCGCAAGGGCUGUGACGACGAGACCUGGAGUGAUUGUGGUGCCCUUGCUGUGCUUGGCCUUCCUGCUCCCAGCAUGCGCUGUGCUGUUCCAUUACCGUGAGAGUUUUGCAAACCAGCUGACCUUUCCUACGCACUCAGACACCAGCAUUGCCUAUCAGCACCUUACCCGAGAGUUCCCGGCUGGGAAGCUCAGCCCGCAGUACGUGCUGCUGCCGGCAAGCAACGGCAGCGUGCGAAGUGACGAGUUUUUCGACGCCUCCUGCCACUUGGCCCAGAUCCUUCUCGAGGAUCUCUCCGUCCCACCUUUCAAUCUUCAAGCCUCCGACCUACUGGGGCCGGCCCUUUUGCCACUCCCAGCGGCACAGGAACAGCAAGGGAACGCUUCGGGUUUGAAGUGCCUUCGAUGGAACUCCACGAAGAAAGACGACCUGCAUCCCUUCGGCUCGCUCACCGCAGAGACGCUCUUGGAGCUUCCCAACGACCUUGGUGAGGCCUACCGAGAGCAAUGGGGCAAGUUGGUCAGCUCCAGGCGGGAAGACACGGCCUUGAUCGCCAUCACCGUGCCUUUCGAUCCCUACAGCGACACCCUCUGGCCUUUCGUGCUGGCCGCAAGGGGUGCCAUCAAAAAGGCCACGGGGCAAAGUGAAGAGGAGGACAUCUCGGAGAGUCUGUUUCUGGGGCGUCGCCUUCAGGAUUCCCCUAAGCCAAUGCUGUUCGGAACACUCACCGUUGUGUUCGACAUCGUUGAAGUCACGUAUGGCCGGAUUCCCUACAUUGUCUCUGGCACAGUCCUCAUUGUCUUCUCUUUGAUCGCUUUUGCAUUUCGGGCUGCCUUGGCCCCAAUCAAGAUGUUCAUCACGGUCGUGGUGCCCCUAGUCGCUGUGUUCGGGAUUGCCGUGUGGGUUUACCAAGAUGGUGCUUUCAAUUGGCUGCCCGGUGGCCCGGGCAACAACCCCUUCACCACCCCUCCCGGGGGAGGCUUCUACUGGGCAGCUCCCGUGUUCACCUGCACCAUCAUCAUUGGCUUGGCUCUCGACUAUGACGUCUUCCUCUUUGCUCGUGUCAUUGAGCUCCGAAGGCAGGGCUACAGUAAUGAGGUUGCGGUGCGUGGAGGCUUGUGCUUGACAGGCCCCACGAUCACAUCCGCAGGGCUAAUUAUGGCAAUCGCCUUUUGUGGGCUACUUCUCAGUGAUGUUCCCAGCAACAACCAGAUCGGCUUUGUGAUGGCAUUCGGCGUUCUCAUGGACACCUUUGUGAUUCGCACCUGCCUGGUCCCCUCAGUCCUUACGCUGGCAUCAUCCCUAAACUACUGGCCACAGAAGAUGCCUCCGGUCACGCAGUUCGGAACCGAAAUGCUGCUUCUGGAUCCUCAGGGACAAGACCUGGCAGAGUACCCCGUUGCGCAAGAUGCAACUCCCGGAGCACGCGCUAACCUCGAGGUGGACAACAGCCCGGAGACAACCGAGAUCGAUGCCAGAGAUGUGUUGACUGAGCAGACCUUGCUGGAGUAUGCCUGUCAUACCGGAAACAUGGGCCUGGCGAAGCUUUGCUACCGUCGCGGAGCCAACCUGUCCGCCAAGACCAACAAGGGGGAGACCGCCUUCAACAUCGUCACCAAGAACAAGCGUUACGAUCUGAUGGAGUUCCUCCACACCUACGGUGUCAAAGUCAACUCCGCAGACGCACAGGGAAGGACCGCGCUCCACGUGGCAGCGGCCAAUGACGAUGUAGAUGGUGUUUGCCGUCUUCUUGAGUGGGGUGCGGAUGUCAACAUCAAAGAUGUCAAAAAGAAGACACCGAUCCAUGUGGCGGAACUGUCCUCAGCGCGAGUCGGAUGGAUGAUUCUCCAUGUAUGUAUAUUUCUCUAUGUAUAUAUAUAUAUAUGCACAUGCACAUCUCUCUGUUUAUGUGUGCCAAUAUGUAUGUGUAUAUAUAAACAAAACAUAUCAGCAUUGCUGUUGUUCUUGCACAGCAGCCGAACUGAAAGGAUCAAAAGCACGACAAGCAACACAACGUACAUGUCUGUAGAAAGGGUAAACUCACCUUCAAGCAAGCAUCCAUCUGUACCCAUCUACGUCUAG